GGGCAUACACUUGUAGACCUUUUAGGUUUGUAAACGUGAAGCUGAAGGACAUUUGCCAGGUUCACAGGCCUAAACAUCACAUACAGCUCAUUGACGGACACACUCGUUGAGCGCUCAACUUCAUACAAAUGGCGCUCGACGCGGGCAUCUUAACGGUCACAAUUGAGUAUGCGAAGGAUCUGAAGGACAAAGACUGGUUUGGAAAGCAGGAUCCUUUUGCUGUGAUCCGAGUGGGCGGACAGACCUUCCGAACCAGGACUCACAACAACGGCGGCAAGAACCCGGUAUGGAACGAGACCUUUAAUAUCAAUAUCGUGAAUGACAACACCAUCGAUAUGACCAUUUAUGACAGCGAUCUGGGCAAGGACGAUUUCAUCGGGACCGCAACUAUUUCGCUUGUCAAGGCUCGCGAGCAGGGUCACGACUACCAGCAGUGCCCGGUGCGCACCAAGUCGGGGAAGCAGCACGGCUUUGUGGCGGUCCGACUGCAGUUCGUCAAGAAUCCGGGCGGCAAACACCCCGCCACUGCGCCUUUAGCUGCCGCCCCACCGUACGGUGCUCCACCUCCUGCUUACGCGCCCGCCGGAUACCCGCCUGCUGGAGCACAUCCCCCGCCGCCAGCGCCCUACCCGCCGCCUGCUGGAGCACAUCCCCCGCCGUCAGCGCCCUACCCUCCGCCUGCGGGCUACGCACCCCAAGCGCCGCCGCCGCCAGGGUACCCACCUGCUGCACCGCCACCGGGCUACCCUCCUCCCCCAGGUGGCUACCCAGGACAGCCGUACGGCGCCUACCCGCCGCCUCACGGCGCCCCUCCACCCUACCCGCCGCCAGCAGCACCCUACCCGGGUCAUCCGCCCGCGGGCUACCCGGCACCUUAUGGUGCACAUCCGCCGCAGGGCUACGGUGCUCCUCACGCUGGGUACGGCGCGGGCAUGGCCAUUCACGUGUCGGGUGUGCCGCCGUUGGGCCACAUGUUGGGGCACAUAAUGGGCCACAAGAUGAAGCACAAGAAGUACAAGAAGCGGAAGGGCUUCAAGGGCUUUUUUAAGUUCUGAAGCGGCUUGACGUUGCUUGCAGCUGGCGGUGAGCUGGCUGGGCCUCGAAUGUAAUGUGCAAUCCCCGUGUGAAGCUGUGCACUUGUUCCUACGACAAAGCAAGACACCGUGGGGGCAGUUUUGAGGUCGAAGGCCGUACUCAUGGUUGGCAUUGCCGCUGACUGUUGGGUGCACUACAUAUUUAUACAGAGAUAUGGAGGGUUACAGGAGAGGUGAAGAUAUUGCUCUCGAGAGAGGAUGUCCCGUCUAGAAACCGUGGUACGCGUCGUGCUGUUUGACAACCUCAGUAGUUAUCGUGCAUUUAUCUGGAGUGACUGCGAGGGUCUUGGCCCGUUUAACGCUGGCAGGUGGUGUCCAUAGGUCGGCAACUAAGGCGGGUCCUGCGGGUCCAUACCACAGUACCCGCAGCCGAAAUUCGGCUUAAGGCCCCGGCUGCGAGUCCCUAAUGAUCAAAUUUUGACCAAAAGACGUGAUUUGCAGCCUCUAUUGCGGCCGUAGGGCCACGUGCUGGACUUGAACUCCGUGUUUGACUUUGUAAAAGACUUUCAUGACC